AUGGAACUAACAAGCGGGACGAGUAUCAACUCCUUCCGGCCGCGCUUCGAUGGCGCGGCCAUUUCGACCUAUGUGUUGGCGAUGCUAUCGGUUCCGGUCAAGCUGUGGUGCAGGAGUCGCGUCUCAGGAAUGCAGAGCCUGGGUUGGGAUGACUUUCUCUGUGUGGUUACCUUGAUAUUUUCAAAUGGCUGGUUCUGGGUUACAAUGAUCGGUAUCCGACCUAAUCUAGGACGACACGUUGGGCUUGAAGUCAGUAUGGAAGAGGUCGAGGCCUUCCUGAAAAACCUCUACGCCGCGGCAUUGCUAUACUGCUUGGCUAUUGCCUUUAUCAAGUUCACGAUUCUUGCAUUCUACUGGAAGCUGUUCUCUAUUGCAGCCCGCAUACCUAUCAUAAUUCUAGCCGUGUCUGUGGGUUGCUGGCUCGUCAUCUUGCUUUGCCUCUGCGCUUUCGGCUGUCGCCCAAUUUCUGCGCAAUGGGACGUUACCAUCACAGAUGCUACCUGCAUUCAGCAAAAGGGAAUCUACCUCGGAGGCUCCUUGCCUAACGUUCUUGUAGACUUCGUCCUAGUCUUCAUGCCCCUUCCUUACGUCUGGCGCCUCCGUGCCCCUGUCGGUCAGCGCCUUAUCAUCGUCGGCAUGUUUACCCUCGGUCUCUUCGUCUGCAUCGUCUCGGCCGUUCGUCUCAGCGAAGUCAUGGCCAUCAAAACCAACGACAAGAACGUCACCUACAACCUCAGGGACUUCAUGUUGUGGUCCAUCGUGGAGGUGAACAUUGGUAUCGUGUGCUCGUGCUUGCCUAGCAUGCGUCGUCUGCUCACCGCCGUGGGCCUGAACCGCCUGUUCUCGAAGGGAUCGAGCGCCGACAAGAGGACCGGCUCCGGUGCUCUCGGGGGCAACACAAAGAGGAGUGGUCUCGCGACAAUCAGCGGAGGCGGGUCGCACGCGAAAAAGGGCCCUUGGAAUCCGUGGUCGCAGGUCGGCCUGACCAAGAUUGACAGCGAGGAGGACGUCCACGAGAUGACGAAUCAGCUGAACAAACAGGGACAAACGCACUCUGAAGUCGAGACGGGCCAUCGAACCAGCGGCGACACGGCGCUGGUGACACAGCGGCCAGACAGCCCGCCAAAGCAUAACAAUGGGAUUGUCGUCCAGAGAGACUGGACUGUACAGGUGGACCAUCAGGACCAAAGCGGCAAAUAA